CUCAUUUUUCUCCUCAAAACCACUCAAUUUAUUACCCAAAGUGUUCCCCCUUUGACUUGUAAUAAUUAUUACACAUAAGCCAAAGAAUAUCCAUUAUCUAUAUAUAUUGAAACACAGGGGCGGCUUAAUUAAUCAAUUUCCACAAUCCCUUCUCUCACAAUUUUCUGAUCAUCAAUCAGAGUCGUAAAAAUGGCAGAGAACAACAAUGCAAACGCGGCGGAAGCAGAAGCCGUAGCCGCAGUAGUGGCGGUGGAAGAGAAGGUCGUCAAAGACACCGAAGCGGCCGCACCAGCCGGCGGCGAGCAUCCGGCGCCGGCGACGACGAAAAGGAACGCAUUUUUCGCAAUGAGCAACAUGGAGAAACUGCUGGCGACGGUGACGCUGAUUCUGUCGAUCCCGGUUCUGGGGUUCGUGGUGUGGAUAUUUUACGUGAGAGGCUCGGAUUGCGAGAGCAUUCUGAAGCUGCCGGGUUUCCAGGUGGCGAUCGGGAUUGGGCUCAUAGUCCUGUUCCUCAUAAGCAACGGCGUCGUUUUUAUGAGGUCGCGGUUCCCCGUUCUGGGGCUCAUGAUCGUCAUGGUCCCGCUGCUGCUGAUGUUCAUAAUCGGGCUGGCGCUGGUGGGUGCGUAUAAAAUGGAGAGCCGCUCCGUGGCCGCCUCCCCCAAGUGGCUCCGUGUCAAGGUCUUCAACGACGCCCAUUGGGACGAUAUUAAAUCUUGCAUUUACGAUAUGGGCGCGUGCGACGAUUUGGUCUCCCGAACCUUGAUGCUCAAGUCUUACGAUUUUAGCCUCAAGAAGCUCUCCUCUCUCGAGUCUGGAUGCUGCACGCCAUCGACGAUAUGUGAAAUGCAGUACGUAAACGCGACGUUUUGGUUGAGAAAGGAGGGGCCGAGAAACCAAUCGAACCCAUACGACAGCGACUGUGAUUUGUGGAACAAUGACAGAGGUUCUUUGUGCUACAGUUGCGUGUCGUGCAAAAGGGGCUUUUUGGGAACUUUGCAGUCCAAAUGGUGGAAGCUUGGCGUUUUCCUCAUCAUCGCCUCUCUCUUGCUCUUUAUCUCUCAUCUCGUCUUGUUCCUCUCCUCCGUCUUCAUCCAGUUUCGGACUUAAUUACCCCUCACCGACGCCGCCGCCUCCGUUUUAAUUUCCCACUUUUGCCCUUUUCUCAAUUCUUCUCUGCUUUCCCAUCUCCUAUCUCCUGUAUAUAUUUUCACCUUUUUCAUUAACCCAAUUUCGAUUUUUUCCAUUAAUUUUUA